GGAUAAAAUAAACGAAAGUGUUUCGGCGUUACCUGAAAUUGUUAAAGUGCUGCGCAAGCGCCGGUCCUUUAAAACCAUUUGCGAAUCGAUUUCGCAGGAGUAAACAACAUUGGUAAGACGCUUAUGCGAUCCGUGGUACAGCAAUCGUUUCGGAGGCUACAUUCCAGGCAUUCUGCAAAAGGAGUCGUCAACUUCGCGUCAAUUAUUCCAGCCAAUUGACUCCUUAACGCCGGUCACUGAGCCUUCUUAGGAUCCCAAUACACCCGCAUCUACUGCAUUCCUGUAUAGUUUGAUUUGUCAAUUAUUGGCGAAACUGCAAUAAUUCCAACGUCUGUGAUGCAGCAAUCGGCAGUAGAGAUUACAUUGCGCAUUUGCCGCCUUUCCUAAGCCGUCCAAAACUAUUAAUGAUGCAAAGGUGCAGUGAACUGGGCAAGAAUUCCGCGACCUGGCAGCUCCUAGUGCGCUUCGAUCGCAACAACCUGAAGGUGAAGAAGGGCCCAAACGGUCACUACUUGGAGAGCAGUUGUCGGGAUGAGCUGCGCAAGUCGCUACCUGCCAAGUCGUUCGAGGAACUGAUGACCUGGGUGGCUAAGUGGCUAAAACGGCUGGACGACUUGAACGGCAUGGUGAGCCCUGCAGUGAGAUCCCAGCAGGACAGCGACAAGGAAUCCAAGUUAUUUGCUGAGGAAGAAGUGAAAGUGGAAGUAUUGGCCAACCCAUCAGUUGUGGACCUUUGCAGCGAUGAGGAAGAUGAGGAGUCAGUUGUUCGCUUUCCUGAUAAGGAAACCCUGGACGCCGAAUCAGUUAUCUCCACGUCCUCGCUUAUGGUCCUUGACGAUGAGCUGGGCGAGGUCAACCUGAAGGACUAUGCUGAUCACGUCGAUGGAAAACUGGAUGAAGCCUCUUUAAGGAAGCGAAAUCGCCGCGAGGAGGAUAACACAUCGUUUAACGCCAAUAAGCAGACCUCGAUAAAGGAGUUCUUGACUCCCAACAAAACACCGAAAGAUAAAACUCCAUCGCCUGUCUUCCGUCGCGCCUUGAAAACGUAUGUCAGACGACCAAAGCUACCUGCAAGUGGCGAAGCAGGCGGCCAGGUACUGCGAGAACUGAACGUCAAAGAUGGUACCACAUCCAACACCUCCUUCAAGGAAGAUAAGUCAUCCGACCUCUUGGUUAUUGAUGAUCUAAGUCAAGAAGUCGCUGCGAGCAUAGAAGAAUGCCAUGAAAAAACAGAACCAAAAACCCCAACGGAUAAGGAGCCCAACCCAAGUGAUAUCAAGAUAGAAGUGCCAAAUUCCAACGACUUGAUCGAGAAAGAAACCUCAGCAAGCCAGGAUAUUAAAUCGAAGUCCGAUGUCCUGCGAAGUGUCGCGAUUAAGUCGGAACCUGAAGUGCAUUCGGAAAUGAAUGGAGAAGCGAAAGAAAAUAAUGAACCCAACGCAAAAAGUAAAAGUGAGAGUGAAAAGCCUGAUACCAGAUUGAACGAGCCACCAAAGCAAGUAGAAGCAAAAGGCAUACCGCUGGUGAAGGACUUAGUUUCCACCGACUCAGAGGCUCAUAUAGAAGAUACCCCUAAUUCGAAUGUAACCCCAGAAGUUCCCCCCCAAUUCCCUAUAAAUACGAUUCGAAUUCGUAGUGACCUGGUUUCCUCCCCAGUGGAUACGAUUCGGGUUCGCACAGAUCUGUUGCAGCAGCCAUCGGAUCCGCCACCAUCACGUGCACCUGUUGACCCGUCCGAAACUUCCAAAGCACAGGGAGCAGCUGAAAAGCGAAGACUGACACCGGAACCGGCAGGAAAUCAGUGCAAAUCGACUGACAGUAGCUUACACGGCCAGCCGAAGAGGUCAGCCGUGGAUAGCUAUAAUCCCACAUCAGUGGCCACCUCCACAUAUUCAUCGAAUGUUCCAGCAUUUACCGCCAGCUACCAAGUAAAUGGGCCUCCACCAACCGCUCCAGCCACAACGUCCACUUAUCCGGCGCCUGUUCUCCUUCCUGCUUCUCCAGUUUCCACGCUCAGUCGCCAACCAGUAGUUCCCCCAUCCCCACUAGCCAUAUCCACUCAAUCCUCUGCUGUGGCCCCAACACCAGUAUUCAACGCGGCAUAUCCACGGCCUCUCUCUGUGGUUGCUCCCACUGUAAUCAACUCCAGCUAUCCAGUGGAUCCGGGACGAGCCAACUCGAUUUGGUACCCUCCACCAAAUCAUCGUCCAGCUGCUCCGGUGGUUACUCGGCCCAGUACCACGCCCAAUUACCAGCCACCUCCACCAGCAGCUCCGUGCACCAGCUCCAGUUACCAGCCACCUCCACCACCUGCUCCGUGCACCAGCUCCAGUUACCAAAGAGCAAACCCUGUUCCUGCUGUACGGGCUAGUGCUUCAAGUUAUAGACUAAUAUUGCCAAGACCAGGGAAUACACCCAGAUAUCCCACACAAAACUCUAUGGCCCCUGCGCCCGCGACAUCCACCUGCUAUCAACCACAUAUUCCUGCGGCUCCUGCUCCUGCUCCGGCCCCAGCUGCAUCCAAUAAUGCGCAUCCCACAGGAUGCAAUCGUUCCCCCGACUUGACCAACAUCAUGGGCAUGCUGGCUCAGGUGGAGUUCUUCGCCUACGGCCAAAAGAAUCAAGAGGCUUUCGAUCUCGUCCAUCAGCUACGCCUAAGUCUCCAGAAGAAAGCGACAAGUACCCGCAUUGCAAACGACCACUUCUCGUGAAACUAGAAGGCUUACUCUCGAGGAUUGAUUUCUUCUCUAGCUGUUAGGAUUUGUUAAAUACGCAAUUAUGUUUUGAUAGGUUAUAUCAAAUAAAAUUAUUGUAAUACAAUACUAGGAAUUUUGGCAACUGUACAGUUGCGGGCAGAAUUGAAUUGUAUUUACAGUUUACUGUAUUAUGUUAUGUUAUUAAUUAUAUAAAAACUUAUAUAGGUUUUUGACUU